AUGAGCCAAAACCGACAAGUCCCUCCCGGCUUUGGCGGUGGCCCUGGCAGGAGGGAAGAGGCAGCAGCAGCAGGAGGAUCAGUUCGACGCGCACGCGAACUGCUGGAAGCCGGGGUGCGCAGAGAACUGCCGGCACAAUCCCCAUAUGGAAACAACGCCCAGUCUCCAGGUUCCAUAGGCCUCCAGCCCCGAGGGAAGCCGCCAACUGGAUCUAAUAAUACGGUGCCAAUGGCGCAGCAGGGAAAGCCUGCUCCAAGCAAUUCUUCUACUCCAAGAGGCCCGCCCCCUCUGCGACCUAGACGCCCGGGCGAUGCUCCAUCUCCACUCCAAAAUGAGCCAGCAGUGCCGACCCAAGCGCGACAGCCGUUGCCAACUUCCGAUGAGAGGGACAGUUAUGUCAGCCCGACUGCCAUGGUUGGCAAGGACUACCGCUCUGAAGCUCUCACUGAUAUAUCGGAAAAUAUCCCCGCACCACCAGUUGCAACGAACCAGGCUCCGACUGCGCCUCCUCGACGCAAUGCGAAUCUCGCUCCUCCGCCCUCGUCGAGACGAGGCCCGUCAUCGUAUUAUUCUCGUGGGCCCGGACCCUUCGUCUCUCCUAUUGCAGAGGAGUCUAGCGACAACUCGCCCAAGAAGGACUCGUACGCGUCAAGCGCAGUUAUUCCAUUGAGCUGGGGGUCGGGACCGCCUGAGUCGGACGUUCUAGGAAACUACGAUGACGAGACUACACCGGAUUCGGACUCAGACUCGGGCUCGGACUCGGACGAUGAUUCUCGAAGAUCAGAUGCCUCCAACGACGACCAAGAGCCAACUCUUGUUAGGCAGGCUAGUCUGGGUAAGCGCGGUAAACCUGCUCUACGCACCAUCAACAACAAAUCGCAACCUGAGCAGAGUAACCACCGGGUGACUGAAGAAACUGGACUUGCUCUUACAGAAAAUCAAGGGUCUGCAGGAGCGACACGCCGCGACUCCGGCGACGGUGGCUUGCGUUACCCAUCAACCGUGGACCUAGACAGUCGAGCAUCAACUAUUUCCUCCAAUUCUUCUGAUUCCUCCGGGUUCUACUUGGAGAAACCGCCAGUCGUUUCGGGUAACUCUCCGCCGAAGGCUCCCGAGCAGGUUGACCGUAAUGUUUCAGGAACAGAACGAAACGUCGGCGGACUCGCAACCCCAGCUCCGGGAAUGAGCGACAAAGUACCAGAAUCCCGCCGGCCUCCCCGGUUGAAUGUAGAUGCUGUUCGGGAAGCAGAGACCAGAGGAAGCCUGACGAGUUUGACUGAUCUGAUCAAACGCGCCACCAUGCUUGCCUCAAAUCUAGAACGGGGAAGGACGGCAAGCAGGCUCGGAUUCUUGGACAUGUUAAAUGGCGGCCGGGAGUCCAACGUUCGAAGUCCGGGCAAAGAUCGAGGCUCUGGGUCGAUCUCUGAUAUUCUGGCUUCGUUCCCCCCUCCCCGUAACGAUACUCCAAACACCGAGAAGACCUUCUGGCCAUAUGGUCCUCCUGAGAAGUCCAAAGCACGCGAUUUGCAAUCGCGGGAAGCAACGACACGGAGCCAGACGUCAACGCCUUCGAACGCUCGCCGACGCUGUUGCGGGAUGCCCUUGCCGGCCUUCAUCUUCUUGUCCAUUGUUGCUCUACUUCUCGUUGCCGCUGCGGUCAUUCUACCUGUCGUCCUGGUGGUCAUUCCUCGCCAUAAUCAUACCGUGUCAGCCAACAGCAGCAAUGUAACAGACACGAACCAAUGCCAACAGUCGCUACCGUGCAUGAACGGUGGAGUCAGUGUAAUGAACAAUAACAACACUUGUGCCUGCGUCUGCGUGAAUGGAUUUUCCGGCCGGCAAUGUACCAUCUCUGAUGAUGCCAGUUGCACGACAACUGAAGUCGGUGACGGAUCCUCGGUCGAUCGCAAUGCCACCGUGGGCAGCGCUCUUCCACGGCUGUUUAGCGAAUCGCAGUUCAGCUUCAACAUCCCGCUGAACGAGGCGGAGAUCCUCAGCUUGUUCAGCGCGAAUAACGUUUCUUGCACGACCCAAAACGCUCUGGUAUCAUUUAACGGUCUUAGUGAGAAGCGUCGUCGUGGAUUAUCAUCGGAUUCGGAUUCUUCGGAUUCAACGUCCGUCGAAGACGCAGGCUCUGAACAAGCGCAAACAACUUCGGCUCCCACCGCGGCGGUCUUUUUAGGGGCGCGUGAUGAUGGCAAUCCUGUUGCCACCAGCAACGGGAUUCUUUUCGAACCGACAGCCACUAGCACACCAUCACCGUCGUCAUCUGCUAGUAGCGCAACCGUCACUGCGCUGAUGCUAAUGGGAGGACCGAUGCAGACAGGUACCACCAGCAGCGCUUCUUCUUCUCAAUCGACGACCUCUUCAGCGUCAUCUUCAUCUUCUUCACCAUCCUCCUCGUCGUCGUCGUCGUCGCUGACAACCCGCGUCCUCGACUUCGCGCGCAUUGCCGUGCUGUUCAUCUUCCAGCAAACGGACGAUCUACUCGCGGCGACUACCGCGCAAAGCAAUAUCGCGUCCUUUCUGACCGAUAUGCCCCAGAGUAAUUCCACCGACAUGAACAUGAGCAUGAACCCCGCUGGUUCUGGUGCCAACACGCCCACGGACUUUGUAUUGAACUUUGCCAAUUUCACAAUCACGUUGGCGAAUGGGACUGUCGUCGGUGGUGGAAGGGGAAGCACGGGGUGA